CUAAAAAUCCUUCACAAUACACCUUAAACGAAACAACACAACCUCGAUUAUUCAGAUUUUGAGAAGACAUGUUAGACAUCUACCAUGAUUUCAUGAAGAGUUGUUUUCUUUUAUUUUUAAAAUUUUAUUUUUAAAGUAAUCACAAUUUGUUGAACCAUACUCUCAACGAAGAACUUCAAAACCACACUCAUACUCACACUCCCUCCCCCAACAAAACCCUUGAACAUACCAGGGGGAGAGAGACACAACAAUCCACUCACCAAAAUGGAAGACAAACCACGCCAAGAAGCCGGAUCUCCGUCACCGGCGCCGUCAAUUCCCGCCACCUCCUCCGCAAAAUCCGGCGAUUAUCCGGCGACAGAACCACCAGCUCCUCGCCGCCGAAACCAAAAGCGUAAAUCCACCAACACUUCCUCAUCAUCGGCGCCUCCGAAGCGCCACGCUCGUGAGAAAGCCGCCGCCGCAGCAGCCGCCGCUUCCGGCGGAUUCUUCUCUCUCCUUCCUCCGAUCCACAACGGUCCGUUAACCAGAGCUCGGCAGUUGUCCGAUAACAAUGCCGCCAUCUUUUCUGCUCUUAAUGCUAUGAAAGAUGAGACUUCUAUGGCUGCUGUGAACGAUUCUGCGGUUGCUGAGGGAGGUGAAGAAGCAAAAUUGGCUAAGGAAGAAUGUGAGAAGCUUCAGGCUAUGAUUGAUGCUGAGUUUGAUGAGAUUCGAACUCGUGAUUCGAGUGUUCAUGUUGUUCCUGUUGCUGCUGGUUGGUUUUCCUGGACAAAUAUUCAUUCAAUUGAGAAGCAAACACUGUUUUCUUUCUUCAACGAGAAGGUGGAAAAUCGGACUCCAGACAUCUACAAGGAGAUACGGAAUUGGAUCAUGAAGAGGUUUCAUGCCAAUCCUAGCACAAACAUUGAAUUAAAAGACCUGUCAGAGCUGUCUGUUGGGGAUUUAGAUGCAAGGCAAGAGAUUAUGGAGUUUCUAGAUCAUUGGGGUUUGAUUAACUAUCAUCCUUUUCCUCAGAAUGACCCUAAUGUUGAUGCCGAUCCAAAUACAGAUGCUGACAAGGAAGAUAAAACAGAUUCAUUAAUUGAAAAGUUGUAUCAGUUUGAACUUGAGCAAUCCUCUCCACAGUUAGUUCCAAGAGCCAACAUGUCAGCAGCAGCAGCAGUGCCAUCAGGCCUAUUUCCCGAGUCUAUUGCUGAAGAGUUGGUAAAACAAGAGGGGCCUGCAGUUGAGUAUCAUUGCAACUCUUGUUCUGCUGACUGUUCUCGCAAGCGAUACCAUUGCCAGAAGCAGGCAGAUUUUGAUUUAUGUAGUGAGUGCUAUAACAAUGGAAAAUUUGGCUCUGGCAUGUGCCCCUCUGACUUUAUUCUCAUGGAGCCUGCUGAGGCUUCGGGAUCAACUGGUGGGAAGUGGACUGAUCAGGAGACACUUCUCCUGUUAGAAGCAUUGGAACUUUUCAAAGAAAACUGGAAUGAGAUAGCUGAGCAUGUUGCCACGAAAACUAAAGCUCAGUGCAUAUUGCAUUUUCUUCAAAUGCCUAUAGAGGAUACUUUUCUUGAUUGUGAUGAUACAAAAAUUCUUGCUCUGGAGAAUGGAGAACCAGCCUCAACCAGUAAUGAACUACCUGUCCCGAAGGAUAAUCCUGAACCCUUAGAAGGCGACACUGGUAAAGAUAAUGAUGGACCAGCAGAGAGUAUAAGUGGUAAAGAUAAAUCUGAACCAUCAUCAAGCAAACCUAUUGAAGAUAAUGCAGAGCCAUCAGGUACUAAAACUGAUAGUAUUGCUGCUCAAUCUGUGUCUACCCAAAAAGAAAUUUCGAAUUUAGAGGAUGGUCUCAGUGAAAAGGUAGUUCAGGGUAAAGGUGACGACUUAAUAAUCAAGGCAUUAAAGGAGGCAUUUCAUGUAGCUGGUUGCCCACUUACUCCAGAUGAUGAGCUUUCUUUUGCUGAAGCGGGUAAUUCUGUGAUGGCAUUGGCUGCGUUCCUAUCUCAAUUAGUGGAACCUGAUCUUGCUGCUGCAUCCUCCUGUAUCUCACUAAAGACACUCUCUCAAAGUUCUCCAGGGUCGCAACUGGCUGCAAGGCACUGCUUUAUUCUGGAAGAUCCACCAGAUGAUAAAAAAAAACAUAUUGUUUCUGAGAGCACAGCUACAGAAAAAGUUGAUCAGAAUGCUUCAGAUAUGGUUGAAGUGGAGUCCAAAAAUGACAAAGCUAUCCAUACCAAGGAGAAGUCCACUCCAUUAUUGGAUGAAAGUCAUUCUGAAGAUGGUCAAAAUCACAAGAAGGAUGCUAAUACAAGUGAUGACCCUCAAUUGCCUCCUGGAGAGCAAGAUACAUGUGCAGGAAGCUCCCAAUCCACGGAGAAGCCUGAUGAAGGGACGCCCCAAGCCACUGAAAAGCCUGACGAAGAGAUGCCUCAAGCAGCUGAGAAGGCUGGCGAAGAGAUGCCCCAAGUCGCUGGAAAGUCUGAUGAAGAGAUGCCUCAAGUAGCUGAAAAGUCCGAUGAAAAGUCCAAAUCAGUGGAAAAGCCUGAGGAAAAGUCCCAACUCGUGGAAAAACCUGAUGAAGAGAAGUCCCUAAUCAGUGAAAAGUCUGCUGAAAAACCCCAAGUCAUGGAAAAGCCUGAUGAAGAGAAGUCCCAAGUCAUGGAAAUAUCUGAUGAAAAGAAGUCCCAAAACAUGGAAAAAUCUGUUGAAGAGAAAUCCCAAGUCACCGAAAAACCUGAUGAAGAGAAGUCCCAAGUCACGGAAAAAUCUGAUGAAGAGAAGUCUCGAGUCACGGAAAAACCUGAUGAAGAGAAGCCCCAAGUAAUUGAGAAGUCUGUUGAAGAGAAGUCCCAAAUCACUGAGAAGCCUGAUGAAGAGAAGGGGAUAGUAGAAGAAAAGCAUGAUGAAGUUACUAACGUUGAGCAGGGUGGAACAAAGUCUGUGAACGAGCCACAAAAUCGCAGCCUGCAGAAUGAGCACUCUCUCAUGGCUCCAAUAGACCAAGUUACUUCUGCAUCUGAAGUUAUGCCUCCGCCUGGAUCAAAAUGUGAAUCAGAGAUCUCGAAGACUACUGAAGAAAAUGUUCAAUGCACGGAUGUCCCGAAGGAUUCAGAUAUGGAGCCCAAUUCUGUUGUUUCUGAUAAGGCAGAGCAACAGGAGGUAGCAGGUGCAGUUCCAAUGGUAGAAAUUGCGUCAGAGGCAGGAGAGGAUAAAAUGGAAGUUGAUAAAACCAGGGAUCCUAUAUCUAUAAAAACAACACGGAAAAAGGAUGAUGACAAUAUAGCUAAGCUGAAGCGUGCUGCCCUGGCCACACUCUCUGCUGCUGCUGUGAAGGCUAAACUUCUUGCCAAACAGGAAGAAGAUGAAAUCAGGCAGCUAUCAACUAUACUGAUUGAGAAGCAGCUGCGGAAGUUGGAGAUUAAGUUGAGUUACUUCACUGAAAUGGAGCAUGCUAUUAUGAGAGUUAGGGAGCAACUGGAGCGAUCAAGACAGAAACUUUUUAAUGAACGAGCUCAAAUCAUUGCAAGUCGACUUGGAAUACAAUCUUCUUCAUCUAGGAUGUUGCCAUCAUCAUACCCAAUGAAUCGGAUGCCUCCAGGCUUUAUAAAUUCAAUGUUGAGGCCAUCGAUGGGCUUGGGUGCUCAAAGGCCUCCCAUGUCCAGGCCUGUUGUGACGUCAGCGCCUCCAACUACAAACAUGCCUGCCCCAGCCGAGGUGGUAGGAGGAAGUUCAACGCAGCCUUCUGCCAUGGAAAAUCCUUCUGCAGUUGAGACAAGCUAAAUCAUGAAUUUUCCUAGGACGAUGUUCUCAUGCAUGUGGUGAACAGUGUAAUGUACCUUAGACCCCCCCCCCCCUUUCCAACCUCUCGUAACAGCCUAGAAUUUCUUAGUUUGUAUAAUAUGAAGCCCACAUUUACGUCUUCAUGGGUCAACCUCCUGACCGUGUUGUAAUUGUCAUGGAAUGGAGGAUUCUUUCCGCAUCACAAGAAUUGCCUCUAGAUGUGGAGAUGACAUGGAAUACCAUCAAGAUUUUCCUUUCGACUAGAGUUGAAGGUAAUGUUUUGCAAGGGAAAAUAUUGGAUAAUUAGGUUUCAUUACCGAGUAGUUAAGUUUAAGCAUAAUCGGUUCAAUUUUUUUUGGAAGAUCCUUGAGUUGUACCCUCUGAAUUGGAGGUCAUAAUGUAACCAUAUAAGUAUAUUACAACUUCAAGCGACAUGAAUCAAAGCUUACUAGCUAAUAACUUGUGUAGUUUAUAAUUCAAUUACUACAUGAAAA